CAUGUGUGUGCUUUACAAGUAAAUAAAUAAUACAGAAAAAAAAUAUAAAAAAUAGUGGUGGUGGACUCGCAACAAUUCGAUUACAAUUGUAUUUAUUAGAAAGUUAGCGGGUUUAGAAAUACAACCUGAACGUGACCAUACAAACUAAUUUGCAAGAAAUAUUGUUAAUUGUUCAGUGAAUACAUAGCUGGCUGGCUGCUGUUACUACUCCAAAAAAGGUGGUGAGAGUAAAGAAGGAGGAGAGAAAAAAAACGAAAUUUUUCUUCUGGUUGAGGUGGAGGUGGAGUAGUCGAAAAAGUUCAACGUUAGAGGACAAUUGCUGAUAGAGGAAACAUGUCUUCAAAUAAUCAAACAUCUGGAGGGGCACAAGGCAGUCAAUCUACAGCUGGCCCAGGUGGAUCCACAAGUGCCGACCAGCAAACGCCUACAGGCCAAACAAAUCCAGACAGUCCCACACGUAGCAGUUUAAGACCCACUUCUAAUACGACGGAUCGUGUUGUAGACAAUGUGCCAUUUCCACCAAGUCAUAAAUUGACCAUGUCUGAGGUUUUUCCUGAUCCCCGAUCGGGUAAGCCCAACCAUGAGCUGUUGAAGCAGCAUUUCAUCUUAGAAGGACGAAUUGAGGAAGCCCCUGCAUUGAGAAUUAUCCAAGAAGGAGCAGCCUUGCUGCGCCAAGAGAAGACUAUGAUCGAUAUUGAAGCUCCGGUAACGGUGUGUGGUGAUAUUCAUGGACAGUUCUACGAUCUGAUGAAGCUCUUUGAGGUAGGCGGUUCUCCUGCUACUACGAAAUACCUCUUUUUGGGCGACUACGUAGAUCGGGGCUACUUUAGCAUUGAGUGUGUCCUCUAUUUGUGGUCAUUGAAGAUCACCUAUCCUAAUACGCUAUUUUUGUUGCGUGGCAAUCACGAGUGUCGUCAUCUCACCGAAUACUUUACUUUCAAGCAGGAGUGUAAAAUAAAGUAUUCAGAACGAGUGUACGACACAUGUAUGGAAGCAUUUGAUUGCCUACCAUUGGCCGCAUUAAUGAACCAGCAAUUCUUGUGUGUUCACGGAGGUCUCUCGCCCGAAAUCCACGAACUGGAUGACAUUCGCAGAUUAGAUCGCUUUAAGGAACCCCCUGCCUUUGGUCCCAUGUGCGAUUUGCUUUGGUCCGAUCCCCUGGAGGACUUUGGCAACGAAAAGAAUGCCGACUUUUAUACGCACAAUUCAGUACGAGGCUGCUCAUAUUUCUACAGCUAUGCGGCCUGUUGUGAUUUUCUGCAAAACAACAAUUUACUGUCAAUAAUAAGGGCGCACGAGGCUCAAGAUGCUGGCUAUCGCAUGUACAGGAAGAGCCAAACCACCGGCUUCCCCUCGCUUAUUACAAUCUUUUCGGCACCAAACUACUUGGAUGUGUACAAUAACAAAGCGGCUGUUUUAAAAUAUGAAAAUAAUGUUAUGAACAUACGUCAGUUCAACUGUUCACCUCAUCCUUAUUGGCUUCCGAACUUUAUGGAUGUAUUCACCUGGUCAUUGCCUUUUGUAGGCGAGAAGGUAACCGAAAUGCUGGUCAACGUAUUAAACAUUUGCUCCGACGAUGAGCUUAUGACAGAAGAAAGCGAAGAGCCCCUGUCGGAUGAUGAGGCGGCUCUUCGAAAAGAAGUCAUACGCAAUAAGAUUCGAGCAAUCGGCAAAAUGGCACGUGUCUUCUCCGUAUUGCGUGAAGAGUCCGAAUCUGUUUUGCAAUUGAAGGGUCUGACACCGACCGGUGCAUUGCCUUUGGGAGCACUCUCUGGCGGCAAGCAGUCAUUGAAGAAUGCCAUGCAGGGCUUCUCACCCAACCACAAAAUCACCUCAUUUGCCGAAGCCAAAGGCUUGGAUGCUGUCAAUGAACGUAUGCCUCCGCGACGCGAUCAACCGCCAACACCCACAAUUGAGGAGCAGCAACAUCAAAAUCAAGGAGGAAAUACUACUACAGGAUCAGGUAGCAACAACAAUAAUGUCUCCCAUAGUGGGUAAUUAUUAGGCCAUUAAGCAAUAAUUAGAUACGAUACCAAGAAAACAGUACAUAUAACAAACACAAAGAGUACACACACACUCACACAGACAUACGCCCAGCCAAGAAGAUUUACAGCUAACACAAUUAAAGGCAAAACAAAAACAGUAUAAAUAUGCGGAAAUUAAUUCUAUAAAAAAUCAACAAAAUUUCCUUUUAAAGUCUUAUCAUAGUAUAAAACAUAAAAAAAAACAAUAUAUAUUCUUAGAUAGUAAUAAAACAGGUUUUCACAAAACUGGAAAAGAG